AUGGUGAGCGAGUCGCUGGUGCAUGCGUGUGCGGGCGGCGCGGGCGGCCUCGUGGCCAUGACCGCGACGUACCCCCUGAUGGCAAUUUCGACGCGCGCGGCGGUGGACCGCUCGCGGAAGCCCGGCGAGUCGCUGGUCCAGGCCGUCCGCACGGUCCUCGCCGAGGAGGGGCUGCUCGGCCUGUACGACGGCCUCGGGUCGUCGCUCCUCGGCAUUGGCGUGAGCAACUUUGUGUACUACUUCUUCUUCGAGGCGGCGCGCGACUUUAUCCUCACGUCCAAGCGCCUCACGCGCUCGACGACCGCGGCCCUCGGCACGCUCACGACGCUCGAGAGCAUCGUGGCCGGGCUCCUCGCCGGCUCCGCGACGGCGGUCGCCAGCAACCCGAUCUGGGUCGUCAACACGCGCCAGACGGUGCGCACGACGAGGCGCACGAGCGAGGGCGCGGCCGCCCCCGUCCUGCGCCGCCUCUCGUUCCUCGCGACGCUCCGCAGCAUCGUCGAGAAGGACGGCGUGCGCGCGCUGUGGAAGGGCAUCGGGCCCGCGCUCGUGCUCGUGACGAAUCCCGUGCUGCAGUACACCGCGUUCGAGCAGCUCAAGACGUGGGUGCUCGCGAGCCGCGCCGCCGCGCGCGGCCGCGCGCAGCCGCUGCGCGACUGGGACUACUUCUGGCUCGGCGCCCUGAGCAAGCUCAUCGCGACGGGCAUCACGUACCCGCAGAUCGUCAUCAAGGCGCGCCAGCAGGCCAUAUCGAACGACGCGGACCGCCCCCAGCGGGCGAACGUGUGGACGGCCAUGACCGACGUCGUCCACGAGGAGGGCCUCGGCGGCCUGUACCGCGGCAUCUCGUCGAAGCUGCUACAGUCGAUUCUGACGGCGGCCAUCCUGUUUGCCUCGAAGGAGCGCAUCUACCAAAUGACCAAGACGCUCCUGGCCCCGUAG